AUGCCUACCAUCUCUCAUCGAGCCUCCCUUCCCAUCGUCGCGCAUCCCCUCUUCGACACUUCUUUGAACUGUAACCAAGCCAUGGCGUUGUUCCUCCUCGUGCCGUGCCUCCUCUCGCUCCUGCUGUCGCUCACCUGCCACGUGGACGCAGCUCAGUGGCACGAUUGCGGCUCCCAGCAUGUGCCCGUCACAGUGAAGAACGUCACGAUGCUGCCCGAUCCGCCAGUCAGUGGCUCGGAUUUCACGGUUGUGCUGCCCGCCGUCACAGCGGCGCGCAUCCAGUCAGGGGUGGUGCGGGUGAGUGUGGCGUACUACGGGUGGCCGGUCUACACGUCCACGGUGCAGCUGUGUGACAAGACGCCCUGCCCCGUGCUGCCGGGCCCCUUCACCUUCUCCAAUGAGCAGCCGCUGCCCUUCCUCACCCCCGCUGUGAGCACUGCCCUCCCUCUCUUGCUGUGA